AUGUUGAAGGAAGGUUCUUCUCUUGAUUUGAGCGCUUCUAGUUCCUCUGGAACUCUUAGAAGCGACAAUUCUUUUGGUAAUUCUCCUUUAGAUCGCAUUACUUCCCUCCUAAUUUUAAUUUAUAAAUCAAUUCGUGCCUGUUUCAAAUGGAUAUAUUCAAAGUCAUUUGGUAUAAUUUGUAUAUUAUUUGUUAUUUUGGAUGUUUUAACGACAGUAUUUUUUAAACGGUUCAUUGACCACACUAAAAAUUAUGUAAUGUUUACUAUUCAGGUGAUAAUCUUUACAUUUUGGAUCAUAGUCUGUUGUAUCGCCAUUUUGUGCUUCUUAUUUAACCGCGAAUAUAUGAAACGACACUUUAAUGUCCGGCCACUAGUGUUCCUAGGAUUUCUUGAUAUGUUGUCCACCGGUUUAUCUGCGAAUGGAAGCGCCCACACGAGCGGACUGAUGCUGGUUCUUUUGGGACAGAUUUCAGUCCCACUGACAAUGGUUUCAUGUAAACUCAUCUUGUCAAAGAAGUACCACCACUACCAAUACAUUAGUUCUGCAAUCAUCCUAACAUUCGCAGUGUUAAAGCCAAUCCUGAACAGAACGGAUACUACCGAUAACAGGUUCUACAACAACAUGUUAUAUCUACUCGCUUCAGUCCCAGACUCUAUCGCGUCUGCACUCAGAGAGAAGCAGUAUACUUCUAAAUUCUUCCAUGUAGUAAAAUACCAAUUUUUUGGAUUCCUAUUUCACUUCUUCUAUAACAUACUAUAUACACUACUAUUCACGUUACCAUUCAAUAGCGUUAAAGGUUACUUCGAUUCACUGUAUAAACUGUGCGUAAACGGGUAUAAAUGUAUAUUUUUUGGAGUUAAUACUAUAACUGAAAAUUGUGGACCCACUUUGAUACCAACGUGCGAUAACUGCUUAGAGGCCUUUAAAAUUUACUGCCUCUAUAUAUUAUUCAGCUCUGCCAUUAGAGUUGCAUAUGUUUUCAUAAUGCUCGACGGUUCAGUUACGUUCACGCUACUUUUGGGUACUGUCAAGGUCCCUCUGACUUCAAUCGCAUUUUCCCUCCGCUUUAUUGCAGGGGAUAGUACUACGAGUUUCAACUUACUUGAUGUUGUUUGCUUCCUGGGUAUUGUUGCAGGGCUACUCCUGUACGCCCUUGGGUCCAAGAAAAUCCAGGAAGAAACUGACCUUCUCGAGUCGCCUCUGAUCGAUGAUGCGGAAUCGGAACAUGAGUUACUAAGUACAGGAACUGAGAAGCUCAUGAGAUCUGAGAUAUGCCAUGAUCUGUUCACUUAA